UUAAUAAGUCACAAUGAUAUUGCAUAUAUUGCUGCUAUUUAGUAUUUAUGUAGUAUUAUGCUUUGGUAGUAGCUGCAAACCAAGUGAUUGUAAUCAUGCCGGAGAAUGUAUUGGUUCGAAUCCAACUUGUAAAUGUUUUUCAAAUAAAUAUUUCAUUGGAAACAAAUGUCAGCAAAUGGUGGAUAAUUGUCAACCAAAUCCCUGUAAAGGUGGACCAUGCAAAACCCUAGUAGGCGGCUAUUCAUGCACUGCAAAUUUUAAUGUGGUUAAAGAAUGGUACAUACAUUCCAACUUAUAUGGAAAUUAUGGUGAAGAACAGAAGAUGAUACUCGCAUUCAAAGAGUUAGAUGAUUGGAAUCGUGCAAUUGAGAUUACAACUGACAAUUACUUCAUUGAUGGUUUUGAGGCAAAUCCAUCAAAUAAUGAUAAAUAUUUUAAAUAUUCAAGUGAUUUAAUGAGUAUAGCAGAGGGAUUGGGUCUACAUCAUACCGAUAAAUUUCCUUUUAAUAGUGGUUAUUAUCAUAUAACGCAAGCUAAUUUUUGGAUAAUAGGGAAACGUGAUGUUGAUAUCAUUAUAAGUGUAAAUGAUGAAGAGUAUUUUUUUUAUAGAACUUUAGAAUUUUAUGUUCUUCAGCCGGAGGAAAUCAGUUGUAUACCAGAUGUUACAUUUCCUCAUUGUAUGGAUCCAUAUGAUCCUAUAUUUCUAGAUAUUAAACGAUUUAAUAUUUUUGAACCCGAAAUACUGGAAACAUGUGGGAAGGAUGCUGCGUACACUUUUCGUUGGUGGACGUUUGAUAGUACAGAAACAAUUCUUUUACAUUUCUUUGGACGUACUAAUGAGACGAGACUUAGAGUUCCUCCUUAUCGCUUAUGGUUUGGUUCACACUUUGAAAUCACUAUGGGAUAUGUAGUACGUUUUGAGUUCCGAAGUUCUGUGGAAGAUUCUUGUGUAGCACGAGUAGCCAGAUGCUACUUUAAAGUAUAUCCAGAACCAAUCUCUGGUAAGAUUGCUGGUGGCGAGGAACGAGAAGUAGGUGUAAGACAAACUUUUAGAUUAGAUGGAUCAAAAAGUCGUGAUUUUGCUUUAGCUCCUAAUGUUGAACAAAAAAUGAUAUUUAGAUGGGAUUGUUCAUCAGAUGAUGAUCCAACAAAUAGUUAUUGUCAAGAUAAUAUUGGCACAAAAAAUCCAAAAAAUCCCUAUCCCUAUUUCCAUCCAAUUAAAAAAAAAACUGUAGAAAAUAUCGCGAAAACCUAA